AUGUGGGAUCAGAUAAUAGAAUAUUUGAAGGAUCCAUUCCUAGUGGUUAAAGUUCAAAACUUUUUCGGAGUUACAUACAAAAGUAGUCAGAGUACGCAAAAUGAAUCCUCAAAGGUGUUACAUUCCGAGAGACUGGAGCUCUUGAACGAAGAGUACGACUUGAAGCAACAUAAGAGAAUACCUAGUAAUAUUUCAAGCAGUUCUCAGUCGUCUUGCGAUACAGAUACUUCAGCAGACAGUGGUGAAAAAUAUGGAGUGGAAUGUUCGAUAAAUAACAAGUUCUGGUACUGGUUGUUCGUGAUCGGCACGGAGUUGGGUGAUGAGAUCUUUUAUGCGACGUUUAUUCCUUUUUGGUUUUGGAAUAUUGACGGAGCUGUCGGCCGAAGAGUUGUGCUCGUAUGGACUGUUGUCAUGUAUAUAGGUCAAGGCUUUAAAGACAUAAUCCGCUGGCCGCGGCCCGGCUACCCCGUCAAGAAGCUGCAAACAAAAUGGGCAGUUGAAUACGGUAUGCCCUCAACCCACGCCAUGGUUGGGGUGUGCAUACCGUUCUCUGUACUCCUGUACACUAUGGACAGGUACCAGUAUCCAGUGCACUGGGGCCUGAUGAUAGCUGUAUCGUGGUGCACCCUCAUCUGUGUGAGCAGGAUCUAUUUGGGCAUGCAUAGUGUUUUGGAUAUAGCAGCAGGUCUGCUCUUGGCGACGGGGCUCGUCUCCAUCCUGAUUCCAAUAGUGGAUUCACUGGACGGAGUACUGCUGACGUCACACUUUGCUCCGGUGUUCAUCAUCACACUUUCUAUUCUAGUCAUCGUGUAUCACCCCCACGCUGACAAGUGGACGCCUACAAGAGGCGACACGACAAUGAUAGUGAGCGUCUGCGCGGGAAUCCUCACCGGCUCCUGGACCAACUAUCAACUCGGUAACAUGGUGGCCAGCGAACUUGACCCACCCUACGAAAUCAUCUGGCCUUCCAAAGAGAUGUUGGGAUGCACGAUACUCCGGACCAUAUUGGGCUUUUGUGGGGUGCUGGCAACGAGAGCCUUUGGCAAGUCUGUUUCCUACGCCUUCGUGUGCGCUCUACUAGGUAAAGACAAGAAUGAACUACGAAAUUCAGAGAACAGUUUAGACAAUAAGAAUAAAAUUAUUGUGGAGCUCAGUUACAAGUACUUCACGUGUGCUAUGAUAGGGUUCAAUACGACUUACGUAUUCCCAAACGUGUUCGCGUUGUUGAAAAUCGACAGGCCGACCUAUUACACCGAAAUAUAA